GCUGAGUGAGCGUAACGCACGUGCCCUUCUUGUAAUGUCGUGUACUUCGCAGAAACAGAGGACGCAGAAGUUUUCCAAGGACAAAGUAGAGAAAACAUGGCAGAGGAAGGGAAAGCAGAUGAGCAAUUGUUUCAGCUCCUCUCCAAUCUUCUCCAGCAGGUGGAAGCAUUGACCAAUAUCGAAGAAGUUGAAUUGCGUUCCAAAAUCGAAGCCCUGGGAUUAGAAGUUUCGAAAGUUCCUUCAAAAUCAGCAAGGCAUCUUGACGAGCUGGAAAUAGCCCAGGAGUUGGAUAAAUUGUCAGAGAAGUUGGACGAUGUAGAUGAGAUGAUUUCAUCAGCAAUGGCUGCAGACCCACAGGUGCAGUCACUCUUGAGUGGUACUGCUGAUGUGUGGAUGCCAGUAAUCACUGCUAGUGCUGAGGAGCGACGUAAUUUUACAGCACCAAUUGAUGAUGAUUACGCGGGGGAAGUAAAAGGGAAAACUUCCAAUUAGGUCCAUUGCAUGUGUGCCAUCUCUUCCUAAUGAAAUAAAAUUGUCUUUUUUUUAUUAUUUGCUGUAGAUUUAUCUGAGCUUUGUCUUUUUCUCUUUGGCAAAGACUGAGAAUCAUCCUCCUUGGUUCUGUACAAAUUACAAAUUGUUCUUUUUGCUGGGACAUAUAUUUCAAGGUUGAUUUUGAUUUGCAUAUUAAUAAAGCUCUAUCUCUUAUCGUCUGGAA